AUGUCUCUGCCUAGGUUGUUCGCAUACGGGUUGGGAGCUUCGAGGGGCGACGGCAAUGCCAGCUGGGGAGGCCCGCCGAUGCUCCCGCCGCCUACUGAAGUCCCUCCAGGGGCCCCGUACUCAAAGCGCUGCCAAGGCGCGCACACACUAUCAAGGUCGACGUUGUCUGUCAAGAGGAUCGGAUCUCCAGCGGAGGCGUACCUUGAAGUGAACCAUGGGCUGCACUGCCCGUUUAUGCACGAUAGCCGAUCUUCGCAUUCUCUUUCGCUGUCUCCCACACAGGCAGCGCCUUCGCGUUUUCGCAGCUGA